UACAGCUACAGCGCAGCCGAAAGUCUGGGUAGAUCAUUUCAUUCGACCGACGACGACAGAAUUGGUGCUGGUCAGCUCGUGUUGUUUGAGCACGACAAAUCCAAGGCAAAGCAGACAGAACUUAUCAAUACUCAAGACCAUCAUAAAGAUAUUGAAAUGUUGAUCGAGCUUGUAAAUCAUAGGGCGAACUGAAGCUGACAGAAGAUAGGCUAAAUAGACAACAGUUUCACGGCCUAUGAAGUCGGGACAGUAUUAUGAAAGUCAAGCGAAGCUCUCCCCAUCUCUCUUUUGCUGUCUCCUAUGUGUGUGCUUCUAUCAACAAAUCCCACUCCGCUCUAUACUUCACCACUGCACCAGGCUUGAAUAGGCAGCCAAUCAGAGGGCAGCUAGCAGUAAAGCUUACUUCAGUCCUCCUCUUCUCCCAGCUCGGGAAGCAGACCAGUUUCAUCCAUUCAGUAUCGCUCCAUCCCUCUGAAUCGAUGGAGCGUCAUCCAUGCGUGAUCGCUCACACAACUUUAUGAUCAGGAAGCGGGUGAGAUAACGAGACAGGAGGCUUGGCAUUCCUCCCGACGAUUUGACAUCACGAAGCAAAGAGGCGACAAACUGCCUAUUCACAGAGGCACUAGAUACAUGUUUCCAAUCUAUUUUCAAAUCUGGAUUGGAUGCUGAAGUCAAAUGAAGAUGGAGACUAUUGGCUUUCACUGGAUGGGUCACUUGUUAGUAGCCGUCCAAGUUCUACUUCUAUUACACAAGUCAAGGCUAGGUGAAGCACAGAGCAACCAAGACAACAUCACCACCACCACCCCCCACCACCUUUGAGACUGAACCAUUGGACAAAGAGACUGCCGUAGGUGGGUUCAUCAUGCUGCAGUGUAAGGUCUCUCAAAUGAUAAAGGGGAAUAACUAUCUCGUUUGGACACACAACAACAAACCAAUCUUUGAAGACAACGUUCCCUUAAGUGAGGACGUGAAUUUUAAUUACCGAGGGGUGGGGAUGUACCCACGAGCUAACUUACUCAUCACUCCAGUACAGAAGAUAGACCAUGGUGCACUCUUCUCCUGCAGGCUGUACAACGGUUCUGUGCAAUCCGAUGGAUCUGAAUUGCUUAUGGAGUCCAGGAGUGCAGUUCUGUCAGUGAAGUACACACCACCUCCUAAGUAUCCUCUAUGUAGCGCUGGUCCACAGGAGAAAAAUGGUAAGAUAACUGUUGUGCUGUCAUGUUGCACGGAGAUAUCGAGUGUGAGGAUGUCAUUGGCUUGGAUAUCACGGGGAGAGAACGCCAGCUGGAGAUUCACGCAGCAAGCUAAAACCGGCUAUGAAACCGGUCAGAACUGCCUCGAGCAUGACAUUCACACAGGGUUUAAUUUUAGUAUGUAUCAAUGCCAGAUGGAUGAAGCUUCUGGUGAAAGAACAGACUUUGAAUCUAAAACAUGUUCCAUCUCAAAAUUGAGAUCUCUUCACAUUUAUCUGAAAACAUUGGACCACAAGAAUGCACAAUUCAACUGCAGCGUGAAUGUGCCAGGGAGAUAUCGCUAUUUAUGGCAUCUCCGCGAUGAGGCUAAGACAACGAUUCAAGAAGUGAGUGGCAUCAAUGACAUUUCAACUCUGGACCUUCGGUUGAGCAAAGUGAGCAAUGGCUCUUAUCUUACUUGCACAGUGUUUAAUAAGACUGACCUAGAUAGUUCUAAUCGGUACUUCAUGGGAACAACUGAAACACAGAUAGUCCAUCAGGCUCCCCCACCAGGCAGAGGAAACCCAACCAUGUUGAUCAUUGGCAUUGUCAUAGGAGCAGUAGUGGGAACCCUCAUUCUUGGUCUUACCCUGUAUUUCAUAAUGGUGAGAUGUUCAAGGCGCAACGACAGGAUGUACGCUUCCCUCGGGCGCUCUUCCGAAGCCGGCAUGCAGAUCGGCCCAGGAAAUACCUACAUUUAUCAUAAGAGCAACGAGAAUGGAAACUCAAAUGGCAGAGUGAUUGCAACUGCAGAGGGUGGUACCAUUUCUUCGGAGGCAGAUGAAAUCCCACCAAAGCCAGGUGGCCAUCGGACAAUCUCCUGGGAACCUGAAGACAUGGUGAUCCACUCUAAUGGUGGAGUCAUCAACCAUUCCGAAGACCCAAAGAGGCGCAAUGUAGAAGGUUUAGUUUAUGCUGAUCUUGCUUUUAAGGAAGGGGAGGAGGAACAGGAUGCAGAGGGUGCAGGGGGUGAAGAGGAAGAGGCACUGAAAGGAGCAGUCGGGGGUGAUACAAACGGUGCCAAACCAGGGACAACAAGAGAAAGUAUAGAGUAUGCCAGUAUCGUGCCUCCCCUUCGAUCCUUAAGAUUCUAAUCCUGGUGGCCUUUCAAGGAGAACAAUGAACUUUAUCACCAGGAAGUCUAUCAAAAAGGAUUUGUGCAUUACAGGGAUGUCAGACAUUUUAUUUGCAUUUUUUUUCCUUGUUCAAUCGUAGAUCCAUAACAUUACAGUAUUUCUUCUUCAAUGAUGUCUAUAGAUGUACUAGAAUACGCAAUUUUUUUUAUACGCUCUGUGCACUAUAUUCAAGUACUUUUCUUUUAGCAUACAAGUACAGUAUCAUACAUUGCCAUUUAUGUGUACAGGAUAGUUGUUUGUAACCCCUGUCUUACAUGUAUUGACCUAUACUGGGGGUGGCGGAAUGUGAGGCCGCCGGGCAUGCCCUGUAAAAUGCAAAGACCUUUUUUGAAUUUUGUUUGUCAAAAUAUUCAGACAAAUUCCAACCCCAUUAAAAGUCCAUAAUCUAGAUCUGCAUCUGCUAUGAUUGAUUCUAUCUAAACCUGAGAUGGGUUUUACAUACUCAACUCCACUUUUUAAGCUCCAUUUUGAGACAAAUUUUAAGAUGAAAUCCAUUUUCUUACCAUGUUUUCUUAUAAAGGGGACAAAGUGUAAAUAAUUCACCAUUUCUAAUUGGGAAUGUACAUGUAUAUUUUCUUUGUAUUUAUUUAUAUCUUCAAUUGUCAUCAUUUUCAUUGUUUUCAUCAACAUUACUUUCAUCAUCAUCAUCCUCAUCCACCUCAUCAUCGUCAUCAUCCAUCAAAGUGAUUUUACUAUUUUAGUAAGGCCUCCAUUCUACAGGUAAGCUUCGCAUUGAUCUAUAGUUUUUAACAGUUUGCAGUAUGUAUCAAUUGUUGUGUUUGUGAUUUUGAGCAAACGUUGAAUAGAAAAAGAAAUCAAAAUACGGGCCAGAAUCACAUGGACAAGUAUAUGGAGGUAUGGUCAAGGUAUAUGCAAUAACAUACAUGCCCAUUUGGAAGACAAGAACCCACUUAUUUUUAUUUCUUUUUUACAGGGGGAGUUUCAAUCUGCCUUUAUUCUUUUUUUAAAACCUACAUGUACAUAUAUGCAUAUUUCAAAGAAGAAAAUGCACUUUUUUACAGCAAUAAUGUAGUUCACAUACA